GCGAGUGGUGCAACUAGGCCCUUUGGCAGAGAAAACGUCGCCAACAUUUUCAUAGCAUUUCGAGGGGUGCGGUAUCAAGAUGCAUUCCAAAUCUUGGCCGACGAGUGGUGCAACUACUACCGGUAGGCCCUUUGGCAGAAAGGGCCGCUGAAAUCCCGCUGAAACUCCAGCUCCGCGGACGGCUGCGAGAAACGACGGCGGAGGGAAGGGCCUGGUCCGCCUGCUCGGGUCUGCAGGCCGCCAUCUCCACAAGCUUAGGCCCAGCCAGCUGUGAGUGUAUGAGUAGAUAGAGGUAGGGCUCUGUCUCGUAUCGGGGGUGCAAAUGGUGAAGUCGAAGAACAAGAAACGCCGCGCGAAGGCGUCAUUUCGUGAAAAUGACAAUGCCGACAGCAUGGCAAUUGAAGGGGAUGGUGAUGGCACAGUCGACAUAGCCGGUCAGGAAAGAGAAAGAGAAGGAGAGGGAGAAGGGGGCGGAGCUCGUGGCGAUGCCGAAGAAUCUGCUCGUGCUCUGUCCGCCGGCCGAUUGAAGAAGAAGCAGCGGUGGGAACAGAAACUGCUUAAGGCGAAGGUCGACGCCCUCCACAAACAAAGGCAAAAGCUCAACAAGAGAAUUCCUGAAGAGAAUGCGACACGAAAGGAGGUUCUGCAACAGCUAAAGACUCUGGUUGCUGCACAGACAGAAUCUCAUCAAGAUGAAUGGAAGAAGCUCGAACGUGCAAGAAAAGGUCCUUCCAAUAAUGGCAAUAUUGUGCCUCCUGCAGGAAGCCAGCAUGAUCCACUGCGAUCUUGCUGAACUUCUCGUAGGUUAUCCCGUCUUCCUUGGUGCGGGGAUAUAACUGAGUUCUUAGGGUAUCUGGGAGCGCCCUAACAAAGGUGUUCAGGAUCU